AUGGCCACUAUCUCAGCCAUCAAAGCUCGUCAGAUCUUCGACAGCAGAGGCAAUCCCACCGUCGAGGUUGAUUGUCAUCUUUCCAAUGGUUUGUGGGCGAGAGCUGCUGUUCCUAGUGGUGCUUCCACAGGUAUCUAUGAGGCUCUUGAAUUAAGAGAUGGAGGCUCUGACUAUCUUGGAAAGGGUGUUUCCAAGGCUGUUAACAAUGUCAACUCUAUUAUUGCCCCUGCACUUAUUGGCAAGGAUCCCACCGACCAAACUGCCAUUGACAACUUCAUGGUUCAGCAACUCGAUGGUACUCAGAAUGAGUGGGGUUGGUGCAAGCAAAAGCUUGGUGCCAAUGCCAUCCUCGCGGUGUCCCUUGCCGUAUGCAAGGCUGGUGCUGCUGUGAAAAACAUUCCGCUUUACAAGCACAUUGCUAACUUGGCUGGUAACAAGAAGUUGGUCUUACCAGUGCCAGCUUUCAAUGUUAUCAAUGGAGGAUCACAUGCAGGCAACAAACUUGCCAUGCAGGAAUUCAUGAUUCUUCCUGUUGGAGCUUCUUCAUUCAAGGAGGCUAUGAAGAUGGGAGUUGAAGUUUAUCACAACUUGAAGAGUGUGAUUAAGAAGAAGUACGGCCAAGAUGCAACUAAUGUUGGUGACGAGGGUGGUUUUGCUCCUAACAUCCAGGAGAACAAGGAAGGUCUUGAAUUGCUUAAGACUGCAAUUGCUAAAGCUGGUUACACUGGCAAAGUAGUUAUUGGUAUGGAUGUUGCUGCUUCUGAGUUUUAUGGUUCAGACAAGACUUAUGAUCUGAACUUCAAAGAAGAGAACAAUGAUGGCUCACAGAAGAUCUCAGGUGAUCAGCUCAAAGAUCUUUACAAGUCAUUUGUGUCUGAGUACCCUAUUGUUUCAAUUGAAGAUCCCUUUGACCAAGAUGACUGGGAGCACUAUGCCAAGAUGACUAAUGAAAUUGGUAAACAAGUACAAAUUGUUGGGGAUGACCUCUUGGUUACCAAUCCUAAGAGAGUCGAGAAGGCUAUCAAGGAGAAUACUUGCAAUGCUCUUCUUCUGAAGGUUAACCAAAUUGGCUCUGUUACCGAGAGUAUUGAAGCCGUAAGAAUGUCUAAGAAGGCUGGUUGGGGUGUCAUGGCCAGCCACCGCAGUGGUGAAACUGAAGAUACCUUCAUUGCUGAUCUCUCUGUGGGUUUGGCAACGGGUCAAAUCAAGACUGGAGCUCCAUGCCGAUCAGAGCGGUUGGCCAAGUAUAACCAGCUUUUGAGAAUUGAAGAGGAGCUUGGAGCUGAUGCCAUUUAUGCUGGGGCAAGCUUCAGAGCACCAGUUGAGCCAUACUAGAGUGAGUGAUUAAACAGGAAUCCGGAGUUUUUUGCGGCUGAAUUCAGCUAUUUAGCAUGAACUAAUCUUCUCAUAGGACGUUGAAUCUUUCUGAGGCUACUCCAAUAAUCAUGCUAAAGCUUUUUGGUUUUACAUACUUCGUCUUUGCUUCUCUUUUUUAAUGUUAGUAAGAUGGAAGGGUGUGAGAACUUUUGGCGUUUUUUUUUUUUUCCGUGUCUAGUGUGAUACAUUUUGAUCACUUGGGCUUCCCUGUGGGAUAAAACUCUUUAAACCGGUUACAAUUAUACUGCCUCUACUGGAACAGAAAUUGGCAGGCUUUUUCGAUCAGUUCUACACCCACAGUUCCACACACAAUCAUUUUGCCCAUGAAAGUAAUUUUAUUCAGGCCACAGAAAAUAUAUGGACAGACGGACCGUGGUUUGGUUUGCUCUGAGUUUAUACUGAUUGAACAAUCCUUCCAGCAUCAAGAUAAACUCACAAGAGAUAACAAUGAACAAACUUUAAACUAACAAGAAAUCGAGGAGUAUUAUUUGCUUUUUGGUCCAGAAUUUCACAAAUAAAAAAACUGUUCUUUUGAGCCGCUACUGGGUGGUAGAAACUUCGCACAUUAAAAGGCCAGGCAAUGAGUCAGCUGACUCGUUAGCAAAAUUAGCAUUUGAACUUAGCCCGGGUGUCACAUUUUGUCCAACCCUCCUUUUGCAACCAUACGGAAAAUGGCUAUAGAUUGGUCAGAUUCGUCUCACUCUUAAUGAGUCGCUUUUGUAUCUAUGCUUCGGCACUCUCAGUAUAUAUAAAAAAAAACUGUUCUGCGUAACAAUGUUUGCUAACACAUAUAUAAAGGAAAAACUACUACAAACCACACCCCCCGGAACACAAGCUUUCUUUGAUCUCUGUUCUGGUUCUGAGUUUCAUCAAAAGCCAUUGAGCUUCACAACACCCAUGGGAAGUUGGCUUUCUUUGAUCUCUGCUCUGGUUCUGAGUUUCAUCAAAAGCCAUUGAGCUACGCAACCCACAUAACAAGUUGACUACGAAAGAAAAGGAUCUUUGCAUUGUAUCAAAACAACAUUUAUUUGAUUCUUCUGUGUUUACUCUUCGAAUUGAAUUUAUCAAAAAAAAUAAAAUAAAUUGACACAGAAUUUUUUACUUUUAUUUUAUAAAUAACAAAUUAGGCAUAUGAUUUCAAAACCAAAGAGCUUUAAAAGGAUGUCCCAUAAAAAUGAGGAGUUACCAGUAAUUCAAUGUCAGAAAACUUAAUGAAUUUUGAAAAAUGAUGUAAUUUCAAACAAAAAAAAAAUAGAAAACAUAAAAUAUAAAAAAGUUGGUGAUUUUACCAAAACAAUUAUUAGUUUCUAAAAUAAUUUUUUCCGUUGUUUCCUAAACCACCCUUAAUUACUCCAACUUCCAAGCCCCAGUCCCAACUAGUUCAUCAUUUUUCUCACCCUUUUCCUAUCCAACAAUUUAACAUAAUCGUUCCUUUUGUGCACUUGUUUUAAUUAUUUGAUAUUUUUGGUUUAAAUUGUGCUCACUAUUAAUUUCACGCAUAAAGUUUUGAAAUCGAGGAGUCUUCAAUUUUUGUGGUUGUGUUUCCAGGGAAGAGUUCAAACUCUCGGUAGUAUAUAUUUUUGCCUCAAGAUCUUAUAAUCUUACCAGUUGUUCAAUGAAUUUGAAAAUAAAUUGGAAACAAUUAUUCCCACAAUCUCUUUACUCCCAAACUUGAACCAAAUAACUCUCAUCUUCAUCUAAGUGUUACAAAGUUGGAUUCCAACUCUUAGCCCCGUGGCUUCUGGAAAAACAAAGAAUAUAAUUCUUUGUACAUUGAACACCAUCAAAAUUAAAAGAGUUUUAAAUCAAUUACAACACAUUAUAAAAAAAAUCUUCAAUAAGAAGUAAAUUUUGUCUUUUGUUUGAAUAGUAGGGCUUGUGUUGUCUAUUUAUUAUUCUAGACUUGAAAUUACAAGUUUUGCUAUAGAUUAGUUUCUAUUUGAAUUCAUUGUUGGUUUAGGAAAAAGGAGGCAGGAGGCGGGAGGAGAGUGGUGUUUCGGAACAAACAAAGGGGUAGAAUUGAGUGAUGAAUUAAAAGGAAUUUUUUUGUCUCCUUACAACUAAUAUGUUUUUGGAUGCUAUUAUUUGUUUUGGCAACAUCAUUACCCAUGUAAAAAAUGUCAAAAAAAAAAAACUCAAAGAGUUACCUAUAAUUCAAUGUCAAAAUUCGAAAAAAAUAAAAAAUAAAAUAAAAUAAAAAUUUCAAAGAAUUACCAAUAAUACAAUGUCAAAAUUCAAAAAUAAUAAAAAAUAUAAUAAUACUGGAGUUACCAAUAAUUUAAUGUCAAAAUUUUGGCUUGUCUUCUAGCUUUGCAAGAUGCGGCAACCCUUGACUUGGAUCGGAUUCAGGUUUUCAUUGAUUGCGAGGUGCUCACAAAUGAUCGAACGUCUCCGUUGGUUCAAUCAAAAUCGCGCGAGGUUCUAUUGUUAUUAGAUAACUUAAUUUCUUCUUUUGAGGUAUGUACACUGACUAACAUGAGUAGGAAUGAUAUAAUAGAACAAUAAAUAUAGCUUAGGAUUUUACCUUAAUUAAUAAUAUAGGUAUUCUUUUCCAAAAAAAUGAAUAAAUAUAGCUUACGAUAAUUAAUAAUAUAGGUACCCUUUUCUAAAAAAUAAAAUAUAGCUUAGGAUAAUUAAUAAUAGAGGUACCCUUUUCUUAAAAAAAAUAAAUAAAUAAAAUUAGCUUCGGAUUAAUAAUAAUAUAGGUACCC